UUGAUCUGGACGUUUAGAGAGAGCAGACGUCUGUCUGUGUGAACGCUUCAGCUGGAGUCAGUGAAUGAAGCGUCUGAAAACCCUUCAGUUAAGGUGCUUGAUCAGUAAAAUCCGGUCUCAUUAGAGUGAAUCUCACAGACAUGGACCCUCAGGUGCCCAAAGACAAAUAUAACGGCGUGUGGUUGGUUUUCUUCAUGCUGGGGUUGGGAACGCUGCUGCCGUGGAAUUUCUUCAUGACUGCCACUAUGUAUUUCACCAAUCGUCUUGGGGACCCUUUAAGAGAAGCGAAUGUCUCAGUCAACGCGACUGAAGAAGACUCCCGGAGCGUCUUACAGGCCAAGUUUAAUAAUGUGAUGACGCUGUGUGCGAUGGUUCCUCUGCUGGUGUUCACCUGCCUCAACUCAGUGCUUCACCAGAGAAUCCCUCAGAAGAUUCGGAUCGCAGGGAGUCUGACGGCUAUUCUGCUGGUGUUUCUGCUCACUGCCAUCCUGGUGAAAGUAGAUUUGGAGCCACUGCCGUUCUUCACCAUCACCAUGAUUAAAAUCAUCUGCAUUAACUCGUUCGGAGCAGUUCUUCAGGGAAGUCUGUUCGGGAUGGCCGGUCUCCUGCCAGCGUCCUACACCACACCCAUCAUGAGCGGACAGGGACUCGCAGGAACCUUCGCUGCUUUCGCCAUGAUCUGUGCCAUCGCCAGUGGUUCUGCUUUACACGACAGCGCGUUUGGAUACUUCAUCACAGCGUGUGUCGUUAUUUCCCUCGCCAUCGCUGCAUACGCUGUCCUUCCUAAACUGGAGUUUUAUCAGUACUAUCAGGAGAGUCAGCAGAGCAAACCAGCUGAGGAUGAAGAGAACAAGACGGAUCUGCUGAAGAAAGAUGAGCGGCAGAAGAGCACUGGCGGUGACGACAAACAAACACCGUCCAUACUAGCCAUCUUUAAGAAGAUCUGGGUUAUGGCGUUCUCUGUGUGUUUCGCCUUCACCAUCACCAUCGGCACGUUUCCCGCCAUCACUGUGGACGUUAAAUCUACUGUUGCUGAUGGCGGACAGUGGGGUUUGUAUUUCAUCCCAGUGUCUUGUUUCCUGUUAUUCAACGUGUUUGAUUGGCUGGGUCGCAGUCUGACCGCUGUCUGUAUGUGGCCUGGUAAAGACAGUAAGCUGCUGCCGGGUCUGUUAGUGGCCCGUGUGAUAUUCGUCCCUCUCUUCAUGCUCUGUAAUGUCCAGCCUCGCCACAAUCUGCCCAUCUACUUCUCACACGACGGCUGGUUCAUCGGCUUCAUGAUCCUCUUUGCCUUUUCUAAUGGAUAUCUGGCCAGUCUGUGCAUGUGCUUCGGACCCAAGAAGGUGGAUGCGAGCGAGGCGGAGACGGCUGGAGCGAUCAUGGCCUUCUUCCUGUCUCUUGGUCUCGCUCUCGGAGCAUCUCUGUCGUUUCUGUUUCGAGCGCUCGUCUGAAGUCUGGACAGAGAUGAGACUGAAUGAGCCUUACAGCUGUUCACACAUACUACAGUCCUAUGAAGGUCCAGAGCCACCCUCCAUACAGAAGAAACUCAAAACAUCAGCGUGACUUCAUCAUCAAGACCUGAUCUUGAGCGGAGAGUUCACAGAUUCACUGAUGCGGGAUGCUUUGAGUCUUAAAGCCUAUGUUUAAUUGCACAUAAUGUAAAGAACUUAAAGCCUACGAAACUGUUCUGUAAAAGAAUUUAACACUUUUAUUCAUCAAGGAUGCAUUAAAUUGUUUAAAAGUAACAGUAAAGACAUUUAGAAUUUUACAAAAAGAUUUAUAUUUCAAAUAAAUGCUGAUCUUUUCAACUUCCUAUUCAUCAGAGAA